ACGUUUAGUUGUCAUUAUACUGUUGUGAUAGUUCUAUUGAUGUAAAUAUAAAUAUUCAAUUUAUUAUUAACCUCCUAAAGUUAUGUAUAAACUUUUUUUCGAAAAUUGAUAAGGUAAAUGAAUGUACAUAGUAUACUAAAUCAGUAGUAGGUUGAAGGCCUACGGUAUUCUUAAUUCGAGAGCUUUUGGCUUUUUGGGGUGUCAGAUAGAUGCAGUCUCAACUUGAAGCCGCAUUGUUAGGUCAUGCUAUCUUUAAUCACGAUGAUGACGAAAAUAAUUUUCAAGAAGACGAAACUGAAGAUGCAGAAGAAUUUGACGAGGAUAUUGAAGAUCAUGGCAAAAUCCAAAACAAGCAAGUUAUUGGAAGAGAAACUAAUAAUAGGACUAUUACCUUGCAAAAUUUACUAUCUGCAGGCAUUCUAGAACCCGGACCUGGGGCUAUGACCAUUGAAUAUUUGGGACAAAAAUUCAUAGGAGACCUUCUUCAAGACGGUAAAAUUCGAAGUCAGGAAACAGAUAUUAUUUUCGCCUCUCCAAGCGCCUGGGCAAUUGCAUGUAAAAGAUUUAUCAAUCCUGAUAAAAAGUCAGGUUGUGGCUGGGCUUCUGUGAAGUAUAGAGGCAAAAAAUUAGACGCCUACAAAAACGUUUGGUACAAGAAAAAGAAAGAGGAAGACGAGAAACAAGAAAAAGAAAAUGAACAGCUGCUUUCUUCAUCGGUAGUGAAUCUGGAACAAAUACUACAGAAAAACAUGUUGAACUCUUUGAUGUACCAAAGGAUUGUAGUGAAACAUAAUACCAUAGCAAAUAGAACACUAACACACGAUGCCAAUACCAUGAUUGACUGUAUACCAUUCUCGAAUAUGGGCAAAAUUCAACCAUUUCUGGUAUCCCUAUCUACGAAUGCAGCCCUUUUAAUGGAUUUUCAUUGCCAUUUAACAAAAUCGGAAGUUUCUGGAUAUCUGGCAGGAUACUGGGAUGUAAACUCACAUAAUUUACAAAUUACACAUGCCUUUCCUUGUCGCAGUACCAAAGCUGACAGAGAAAAUGCUUCUCAAGUUGAGGCUACCAUAUCGAAGGCAAUAGAAAAAGAAAAACUUCUGCUAGUCGGUUGGUAUCACUCACAUCCUUUUGCUGCAGCGGCUCCGACUUUGAGGGAUGUAGAUGCUCAGUUAGAUUAUCAGAUAAAGAUGAAGGGAACAUCAGAUAAUAGUUACACACCCUGUAUUGGAGUUAUUGUGUCGCCUUACAAUUAUGAAAAUUCAUCUCUUGAAUCGAGCAUCAUUGCCUACUGGGUUAUUCCACCUCCAGAGACUAAACCAAACGAAUAUGGCCGUCCAAUGCUUAUGUCCUACAGUGUCGUCCAAGACACUGUCCUCACGUUUCACGUCAAGGAUGAAUUGAAAAAGUGCAUCGACUACUAUAAAAAGGAAAAUGACUUUAUUAACUUUGGAGAGCGCUAUCUGAGUAACACUUGCUACAUUGACAAACUGAAAACCACAUUGAUAUCGAAGUUUCCUAGAGAUGAAAGCGAGACAGCCUUAUGGCAGUUCAUCAGAGAGAAUUUGGGAGUGUCUUCGGAAGAGAAGGAAAGUCUGUUGUCUAUUCCGAAUGUCAGCAAAUCUAACCAGCAUUUACCCAACCUCAAUACGCCUGUCAGCCUCAACUCUAAUUUGAUGCUUUCGGGAGAUAUAUCUAGUAUACUCUUCAAUUCGGGCAAGUUCCCUAGUGCCAGUAGUCUUCUGGGGCUUCCAGAUCCUAUGGCACAUAGUACAUUAGCGGCAAACAAUAUGUUUCUGCAAACAAACUUCUUUAAGAUGCAGGAGUUGCUUAAACCCCUCUCGUCUAGUAGUCCUAUCCCCAGUAAAGGGAAAUAUGAACACAAGCUGCAUCCUAACUCCCCUGCCAUCAUCACCAGUUCUGUUCCAGUAACUUCAUCUUCCAUGAAGCUUCCUGGCGACAUAAAGGGUAUAAAACCUCCCGACUAUUCUAUGGAACUGCUUGGUCUAAAGUCUAAAAUGGAAUAUUCGUCCCCUGAUAUGAAUUUGUCUAAAAUUCCAAAAGAUUUUUCUAUGACCGAGUACAUUUCCUCUUUGAGCAAAUCUAGUGCCGGCAAACAAGACUAUUACAUGCCUGACUUGAGUAUUAAUAAGUCCAUAGGCGACUUUGGUUUAAAUUCGGGUAAACAACCAGGGGACUCUGGAGAGAAGAUGCCAAAAAUUCCAAAGAUGAUGGACUAUUCGGCGAGCAUGUUAGAUUUAAGCCUAAUAAAAAAUUCUGCCUCUGAGUCUGCGUCAGACGGACCCACGGAUUUGAGUGUUGGAAUGGGAGAGUCCACCGAAUCCGUAGAAGGUGAAGCGGAGGAGAAGCCAAUGAAUUUGGCUGGAGAGUGACUGUUGUGAAUUUAUGUAUUUUGUUUUCAAGUAAAUAUUGAUGUAGAUCAAUGCCGGUUUAUGAGACAAACUGACUACUACUUCCUCAUCAGAAGACAGUUUUUAUCAGUUGAAUUUAUGUCCAUUUCGAAAAAAAAAAUUAAAUCUGAAAAAGGUUUUACAUGACUCAUAGGAAAAAAAUACUUGGAACACUACCAGAAAAAUCUAUGAGUUUCUUCUUUUAUUGAUUUGAAAGUAAUGAAGAAUUGCAAAAAUGUUCAUGUGAUGAGUAUAAAGUUUUACUCUUUGUAUAAUCGGUUCACCAAACAGAUAGAGUUGUAAAAGAGCUUGAUCUGCAAGUGAUUUUUGAUGAAUCCAGUAUUAUUUGUCAGUGGAUUUUAGACUUGUGAUGCACUGUUUGAAAUCUUUGGUGUAGUAAUGAAUAUUACUGGAGUUUUUCCCAACACCAAACCGUUAUUUUAAACACCUUGACAUGUGUUUCGAUCACCAAGUGAUCAUCUGCAAAAGAAAGAUCAGUUAUAUUCAGUGGAUUUUAGCCCUUAACCUUUUUCACAUAGACAAACAGAUUAUAUUGAUUUUCUUAGUUCAGUGAACUCACAUUUUUUCUUUUAUUUUUAUUUGUGCUUUUUGUGUUAAUUAUUUAAGUCAUAUUUAUCUGCUUUUUUUAUUGAAGAAAUUGUACUCCACGAUCUGAAAAAUAUUUUCAACUUAUCAUUCUUCAAGUGCUUUCAUCUAUUUUCAAUAUUUUGUAUAAUUUGUUGAUCUGUACAGAAUUGUUUUCAGUUUGCUCUCGCACUGUAUUCAAAUAGCCCAAUUUAGCUAUAUAUUUUUUUAAUAUUUAUUUUAUUUUAUAAAGAUAAUAAAAUUUGAUUUUCCAGGAAUUUAUAUUGUAUACUUUGUGACUGUAUGCUAAAUAUAGGAUAAUU